UCUUGUAUGUAUCUUGAUAUCUAGGAAUGCAGCCUUCGAGAAAAGAUUGACUUUGAAGUCCGCAUGCGAGAGGGAAUCUGUAAACUGCUUGCAGUGAGCACACAAAAAGAUCAAGUGCUGCAUGCAGUUAAAAACCUGAUGGUUUGCAAUGCUCGCAUACUCGCCUACAGGACAGAACUACUGAAACAAAAAGAGGAGCCAGUCAUGUGCAGAACUAGAGGAUGGUGUGCAGAUGUUCAGAGUAAGGUGCGUGCAGCAUGCAGAGGAAAGGUUGCCAUAUCAGGUAUUCGCAUACCAUUAAUGUGGAAAGGCUCUGAACACUUCAACAAUAAAGAAAGAUCACAGCUAUUCGCAGUAUUUUGUUUACUUAAAAUGGGAGCUGAAGUUUUUGAUACAGACAUGGUUCUUGUGGAUAAAGGAUUAACUGAUAUCUGUUUUGAAAAUGUAACCAUAUUUGAUGAAGUGGGGCCAGACUUCCAAGUGAAUUUUGAAGUGUAUAGUUGCUGUACAGACCAAUCUUCAACUAUAAUUAACACUCCUAAGAAGCUAGCCAAGAAGCUUAAGACAUCCAUUGGAAAAGCUACAGGAAAAAAAAUCAGUUCUUUGUUAGAAGAAGACAACCCUGAAUCCCUUUCAUUCCUUGACCCAAUGAUACGUGGUGCAAAAUACAGUUUGCUGGCACAUACCAGUUUGGGGUUGGAGAGUGUUGAGGACAGUUUCAGGACCCACAACCUUACCAUUACAGGAAAUGAGGAAUCCUCAUUCUGGCUUCCCUUAUAUGGAAGCAUGUGUUGUCGCUUAGUUGCUCAGCCCUCCUGCAUGGUCAAGGAUGUGAUGUCAGGAUUUCUUAAUCAGCAGCAAUUUGUAGGAAGCCUGACUAACUGGAGGAGGCUGUACUGUGUACUGAGAGCUGGUAAACUCUCUUGUUACUAUACACCUGAAGAAAUUGAAGCUAAAGUGGAACCAGCUUUGACAGUUUCCAUCAACAAGGAAACCAGAAUCCGUGCUGUCGAAAAGGGCACCAAGGAAAGAAGUAAUACUUUUUCUGUGAUCAACCCUGUGGAUGAAGAGGCUGUGACUCAACUCUUUGCAUCUGACAGCAGAGAAGAACUUCAUAAGUGGAUGGAAGCGUUGUGGCAGCAUUUCUAUGAUCUUAGCCAGUGGAAACACUGUUGUGAAGAAUUCAUGAAAAUUGAGAUUAUGUCACCACGGAAACCACCUUUGUUUCUGACAAAAGAGGCAACCUCAGUCUACCAUGAUAUGAGUAUUGAUUCUCCAGUGAAACAUGAAGGUUUAACAGAUAUAAUUCAAAGAAAAAUUGAGGAGACUGAUGGAGAGUUCCUGAUUGGCCAGCAGAAAGAGUCUGGACCUUCUGUAUGGGCCCCAUUAUUUGAUGGUUCUCACCAGAUGCAUGUCCAAAAAAAUAUUGUGUUUCCAGAUGCAAGUAGUGAGGUAGUAAGUCCUAAUGAUGGCAAAGUAAAGAAAAGAAGAGCUCCACUUCCACCAUCUGAUAAGUCACCAUACAGCUCAAAAGAGCAGAUGAGCACAGACCAAUUGGACAAGGAAAACUUGUGGAAGAAGCCUGCCAUUGCACAUAAUAUUUCUUCUUUUGAUUACAAGGUAUCUUCCAUGAUGUAUCAGUUGAAGAAGCCAAUUGCUUCUCCUUGCAAACCGGUUCCUUGCACGCAAAACAGCUCAAUGGACUAUGAAAAUCCUGUUUCUUCAGUUACUGAGUCCAAGUCAGAAACCAAACCAGUGCCAGCUCCUAGACAGAAAUCCGUCCAAGAAAUACUAGCCCCUCAAUCAUGGUUGCAGUCACAGAUAUAACAUUUAAUUUGUAAAAGUGAUCGACACAUAAAGUUUCUCAGCACUUGACAUUUAUCAGUGAUCUGGGUCUUUGACAAAAACUGGAGCAUUGCAAAUAUUUUUAAUAUAUAUAAUUCUAACCCCAUACUUUGUUAAAAUUUCAGCUCUGCUUGUCAUUGUCAAGGUCUAAAGAAUUUCUCUGGCAAGGUAGAAAGGGGUCCGUGUGUUUUGUAGGAGAAGGGAACAUCUCCAAGAAGUUUAAAUCUUUGCCCUUCUCCAUACUACAUGAUCAUGUUCUGAAAAACAAUUCCAAGAUUUUUCAGUGACUCAAUGUCAGACGUGCUCAGUUUAUAAAUUAAGAAGUUUUUGAACUUUUGUUCUUAUGUUCUUAUGUAUGAACAACUCUGCUAGCUCAGCCUGCGAUCUACAAGAUUUUUUUCUGGAUCAUGUACUGUCAGAAUUGGCCAACACUACUGCAGGUUAUCCAUUAAUUCUGAUAGCGCACAAGAUGGUUUAUAACUAUUGUUAAAUCCCUAUGUUGGUUGCCUUAGACAGGUUGUUUGUUUUUUCCUAAUCAUGUUUUGUAAAAUCUUAGUCUAGUUUUAAAAUGUAGCUGAUGGAGCAGAAGUUUUUAAAUUUCUUGGGCAUGAGUUCUGUUUUUGUUCUUGUGCAUGUAGUGGAAUCUCUAUGGUUGUAAUCUUGUAAAAGGACUACAAGUUGGACCCUUACUAACUUGUUAGUUCAUUAAAUUCCAUGUAUUCAGCAUGAGAAUGAGGUUCUCACUUGCAAAUCCUUUGCAGAAUUGGUCAAAUAGGUUUUCAAGAGUGCCCCUGCUCGAUCUUCGUUUCAUCACAAUCCUUUUUUCUGAUAUUGACAACUGAAAUCAUUCUUUCAGCAGCAAAUUAUCAUAUUACAAAGGUGGAAAAAUAAGAAGUAGCAGAAGCAGACAAACUAAAGAACAAAUACAUAAUCACGUAAAAUUGAACAUCCUCAAGUAAUUGGACUGCAGAACAGAAGAAUAGAGAAUAAAACAAAUAGAACUAUUUUAACAGGAAAUGAUUUCCAUAACAUAUUUGCUGCUCUUUUAGGCUACGUCUAGACCUGCAAGUCUUUCGAAAGAGACUUUUUCAAAAGAUACUUUCGAAAAAGCCCCUUUCGAAAAAGAGCAUCUAUACU